GCAUGCAAUGAAAGUUACGAAACUUGAAGAGAUGUCUUCUGAGGAAACGCUGAGCAUUGGGGACAGUGAGGAAGUAAGGGCGCUGGAGUAUGGUGAUGUGGGUAUGACCAGUGAGUCAUCUGACUUAGAGAGGACGAAGGAAGGGGUAGGAGGAAGUGAGAUAGUUGGGGUUGAGGGAGAGGGGAUUCCUAUAACUAUAUUAGAGGUGAGGGGUAGAAAUGAGGGGUGUUAUGAUUAUAAGGCAGAUAUCGUGUCUGAGGUGAGGCAAUAUGAGUCUAAAUUCCGGACUAGGGAUAGCCUGGGUUAUUUAGUAAAGAGUUAUGAAAUUUCUUCUCGAGUGUUAAUUAGGCCUACUGAGGUAGAGGAAAGGGCAUGUUCUGCACCUCAAGAUAAUUGGAUGCCCAUGUAUGCCCACUACUUGGCAAUGGGGCUUAGUUUAAAUGAGGAUGAGGAGGAAGAGGUGGGGAAAUUGGUGAGGGAGGAGGGUGAUUUAGUAAAUAUAAUGUACCUCAACAGUGCGAAUUAUAUAGAGGCUGCUAAGCUCUAUGGGCUAAGCGCUUUGAGUGAAGCUGAGAUGGAUAAGUUUUUGAGUGCUGUUGGGGGGGUGGCCAUUCCAAAGAAGCCGAGGAAGAAGUUAGAGACUUCAACUAAGCAGGCGAGUGAGAAAGGAGUUGGGAGGGAGUUGGUGCCUGGCACCUCAACUGGAGUUGAGGAAGUACUGGAGUUUGUACCUCGGCCUCCUCCUAUUAAGCUCAAUCUUGAGCUUAGGGAGUUUGAGGUUGCGAGGGCUGAGGUAAGGGCCCCUGGUGAAGCAAAAGGACUUGUUGCCCCUCUGUCCUUUCGAAGCAGCUUCAUUGACGCGAAGAACACAACAGGGGCAAAAAGGUUUAUUAAUGCAACCUUCCCCGAAGUGGACAAGCGUCAGGCAAAGGAAGAGGUGCUGUGGUAUGCUGGAGCAACAGUGGUUAAGCCCACUCUAGAGGUGAAUGCUUUAGCCCAAGAGUUUGUAGAGAGUGUGAAGGAGCGCACUCUCUUACGGAGGUUGUGUGAGCAACUGGGUGAGCUGGAAAAGCAGAAUGAGUCGUUGGAUAAGGUGGUACCAACGGUGAAACAACUUGAGGAGGAGAAGGAUUCUCUUAGCACGAAGCUUGUUUUUGAAGAGAGAAAAAGGAAGAGCUCUGAAACCAGCAACUUUGUCAACUCCAACUCGUUUGACAACAUUGUCAAUCUCUACCAGUUGCCAACCAUAAUCCUUGCCUUCACUAAUUGUAAAAAGAAGGUGAAAGCUAAAUAUCCCGAAGUGGAUGUAACGAAGAUCACCUUUGGUGAACAAGAAGAGGGGGUGGAGGAAAACGGUGAGAGAAUGUCAGCAGACUUCCGACCUCAAAUUAAACUGAGGUCAGACCAUGAUGAAGAAGAACGCGCCGUUUUUCCUUUGAACUUUGACUACGAGUUCGUAUCAGUGGAGGAAGAGGAAGCAGAUGUAGAAGGUGCUGAAGUUGAGGAAAGCCAGCCACCUUUUCCAAUGGAGGUGUAUCCAGUUUCCUCUAGAAAAGAGUAGCCACCUCUUCUAGUAGAUCAGCAGCCUCCUCAGCCACCUCCUAUAACAAAAUAGUUACGAGUUUUUGUUUUGUUUUUUGGGACAAUUUUGAUUCGAAACAUUUUGUAAUAUUUAUUAAUUAAUUUUAAUGAAAGUUGUUUGAAAUU